GGCGAACGAAAGACUUGUGUAUUUAGUGUGGAACAACGUAUUGGACCAGUGACCACGUGGACGUGUAUUUCAGUUGAUCAGCAUGGCAGCCCCUGCGAAAAGCGUGGAGGAGCAAUUGGAAGAGAUGUUUGCGUCCGAUGGGGAAGUGCCGGGAGACGCGAGAGCGAGCACGGCUGCAGCAACAACUGUUCCAGAGGACGUGCCAGAGACGAACGACGAUGCCGUGGUACGGAGCCGAGGAAAGAAGCGCCUUAGAAACGAAGAUAAAUGGCUUCGUAACGUUAGGAAAGAACGGAGAGCUCUAGGUCAAGAGUAUGUAAACCGUAAGGGUAACCUUGUACCUCGAAAGGAAUUGCGGAAAAUCAGCGAGUGUACGUGCCGGUAUGAGUGCCACAAACACAUCAACGAAGAACAGCAGGAACAAGUGUUCAAUGAGUUUUAUAAUUUAGGCAGCCACGAUCUGCAGUCGGCUUUCCUGUUUACCAUGAUUAAAGUCGUUGAUAAAGCACGGUCUUACGUAGGUCAGCAACAUUCACGUAGGGAGAAGACGAGAUUGUAUUACUUGCUCAAUUCAAAUGGGUCUGAAACGAGGGUGUGCAAAAGAUUCUUUCAGAAUACUUUAGCCGUAUCUGCUGGAAGAAUCGAUAGGGUACUCAAGAAUAAAGGGGAAAAAGCCACCCCUCCUCGUGAUGGUAGAGGUAAAGGUGAACCUGGUAAUAAAACACCUCGCCACAAAGUUGAUGUAGUAAAACGUUUCAUAGAAAAAUUCCCGGCGUAUGAAAGCCAUUAUGCGUAUCAUAAAAAUAACGGUAGAAAGUAUUUAGGACCAGAUUUAAAUUUAUCAGUCAUGUAUUCACUGUACUGUGCAGAGGAGCAAAUGCCCGUUUCUCAUUUUAUUUUCCGCAAAUUUUUUUACGAAAACUUCAAUUUGUCAUUUCAUCCACCAGUGUCCGACUCUUGUCGAACAUGUGAUGCUUUGCAGGUAAAAAUAACAGCUGCCGAUAAUGAUAAGGAGAGGACGGAGUUAAUUGCAGAACGUGAAUUCCAUCAGCAAAAAGCUGAGUAUGCACGGGCAGGUUUACAUAGUGAUACAUUGCUUAGCAAAUCAGAUGGAGGAGGCGACGUGCCGGGGCGAGUUGUCCACCAAACAAUGUUGCUGGUUAACUUCCAGUUGGCAAGCAUUGUGAGCUAG